AUGCUACAGGGCGUGGCUCCAGCGGUGUUCGGGGGGCGUACGCAGGACAACUACGACAAGCGAAACAACGCAAAGGAAAUCUGGAAAAGCUUUGAAGAAGAGAUUGAUUUAGCUUUGGCAGCCCUGACUGCGAGGACGGCGCCGGACAGCAGCAGUAGAGCCUCCUCUUCGAGCACUUUGAGAAGUCCUCGUCCGGAAGAACAGACACAGCUGGGGGCAGUAGUAGAGACGAAAAUAAAUCCUCUAGUUCCUGCUAGGAGUGCAACACAAACUACUACGUCGUCAAGAAACCAUAAAUUUUCGACCAUUGACAGCUUCUUCGACGAAGAGUGGCUGCAACAAAAAUUCCAAUACCAAAUGCAAAAAUGUCUGGGUCUGGAAGAAUGCAACUUGUGAUGCUGCAUUUGGAUGCCACAAAAAUCUGUAUUGCAUGAGUACCAAAGGGAAUGCAAUUUCUGCUACGCUGAGAAGGCGUUUGUCAUGCGGGAUAGGCAUCAAGAAGCCAUCAAAAAAUCUGCAUUGCUAGGGUAUGCAUCACAGACAUCAUGGCUCAUGCAAAACGUGCAUGACAAGUGUCACAAUCUUCCAGACCCGACACUUUUACGGUUGAUAUCCAAACCGAAAUCACAAAACCGCUGGAAGAGUACGACACGAACUUACAAACUGAGUUUUUCGCUUCACAUAUUGAGAGGAAAAAUCCCCCCUCCCCAUACUGAAAAGGCAUGCUGCUAAAAAUUUGUGAUGCUGAUUUGUGACCACAAAUCCUGCCUCUCUUGCGAGGAGGCAAAUCCAAAGAGUCCGCCGCUUCAUAAUCAUACCGGAGAUUUGUCAUGCUGUUACGCCUACAUCGAAGGCCUCUGCUAUGCUAAGCAGCUACACAAAAACACCCCUGCGCAGGCUGAGGCUUUGCCUGCAGUGCCUCAUUGCAAGACAGAGCUGAUUUGUGUACACAAAUCCAGCAACAGAAAUUUCCGUUUCAAUAUGGGGACGGGGGAUUUUUCAUUUUGAUAUCACAACUGAGUGGCUUGGCGCUAGCUGCAGCUGAUCAACAUAGUCCAACAACCGGUGGCAGCCGUGACGCAACGACCUCCGGCGCAAGAACGAGCGAAAGCAGCACUAGUACAGCGCUCGAGAGUACUAGUAGAACCAGCUCUACUGUUCUUGGAGGUCCACCAGAAAACUACUACACAUCGAACAGCUCCACCCCUCCUGGUACGCCUCCUACCCACCAGCCUGAACUCUAUUACACGAAGCAGUUGCUGAAGUCGACGGAAAUUGAGCUGUACUUUCUGGAGAAAGUGAAGAAGAAGUAUUUGGAAACUUUAAUCAGUUUUGUCAAGACCGUAUGCUGUGCAAAAGUAUCGUACUCGUUGUACUAAUUGCAAAUAUGCAUGACAAAUCUUCCUCCUAAGGUAAAACAGCAUUACAAAUCCCACUUUUCAUCUUCUUGCCGAAAUUUCCUGUAAUGCAAUUACUAUAUAUUAUAUUCAUGCGAAAAAAGAGGUAGACAGAGGGUAAACGAGAGGUGGCCGAGAGGUCAAAAAGAGGUCAAAAGAGGUAAAAAAGAGGUCGACAGAGGUGGAGAGGUGGCGCGGGACCCCCUUUCGAGAGGGUCGGCGAGAGGGUGCGCGAGUAUAGCCCGCCGAAGGCCCCACCUUAAGGCGGCGCCUAAGUGCCUCAGAGGGUGCAGAGAGGUCAAAAAGAGGGGGCGCGAGAGGUCGACAGAGGUGGAGAGAGGUGGCGCGAAUAAGGGGCGACCUCUCGCGGACCCUCUUGGCCACCUCUCGGCCACCUCUGUCGACCUCUACCCGCGAGUAUAGCCGGAUUAUUAGCGGGGACCCCCAAAAGAGGUCAAAAAGAGGGUCUGCGAGAGGUCUGCGAGAGGGUAAAAACGCAAAGUGGCGGGCGCGAAUCCGCAUGGAAGUCCCCAUAUUUGGCACUGCAGGCCAGUCGUGGACUUGUUUUGUUCGGCGCCUUUCCGCGCCACCCUCUCGCGCCACCCUCUCGCGCACCCUCUCGCGCAACCCUCUCGCGCCACCCUCCCGCACCACCCUCCCGCGCCACCCUCUCGCGCUACCCUCUCGCGCCUGGCGGCUUCUGUUCGCCCCCGGUGUUCUUUGCAGCUGCUCCCUGCGCAGAGCGCCCACAGGCGCGGGAAGCGCGCAAGUGGUCCUGCGGGUUGGCGCGGCGCAAACAGGCGGAAAGAGCGGGACUCCAGUAUGUUUCGUUGUGCAUAUUAGACCAAAGAAAUGUGGUCCGAUCGGCAAACAGUCUUGCCCCGGCCCAACAGCCCUGCGCUCCGGCGGCAGCCGGAGCAUGGCUGGUUUAUACUAGUACGCUACUUUUGCAAUGCAUAGAUAGGGGAAAUCAGGGAAAAGGACGAAAUUCUUGACAAUUCGAGCUUCUAUACAACCUACAACGUGAUGAAGGCGAAUUUGCUGGCGAAAAGAUAUCACACGAAAAAGUGUUAACCUUAACGGAAUGCGUGAUGCGGUAACGCAUCAGAAAAGGUGCCCAAAUUUGUAUUGCGUAGCAUGCAUGGGAGGCAAAAUUUGUAAUGCAUGACUGCUACCGUUAACGUUAACCUUAACACUUUUUUGUUUGAUAAAAGGGUGAGCUUUCUCAAGUUCAUGCGGGAAGAUGCGAAGGGGGGUCGUAAAACUAAAAAAGCGGAGCAGGAACAACUUGAUCAAGCAUCUUCACAACAGGAUGCGGAUCAGGAUGGCGCGAGUACAUCGAUCGCGGAGAGGACCACGGAAGAAGUGCACGUGGGCUCCAUGACCCGAAAAUUAGUGAACCAAUUCCUACUUGAGGAAUCUUCGCUCCUGCAAGAUGACAAGGAUCAUAACGGCUACAAAAAUCUUCCUGGACAGAACGCGCAAUCAAUCUUCCCGAUGCUAACGUUCGAGCAUGCGGCUGAACUUUUCUACGAGGCGGUGGCCAAUCUGGUGGUGAAGUACAGUGUGGCACAAAAUGCGUGCUUGGAGGGAGCGAAAAUAAAUCGAAGGAAUUGCGGAGCGGGAGAGCAGGAUGGUAGCUCUUCUAUUCCCAACAUGGAAGUUGACGAGAACGCCGAGGUUCUUGGGCCGGCAUCUGCAGGAGCAGAGUAUUAAGCUACAUGUAGUCUCCUCGCGGAGGCAGCAACUUCCUGAAUACCUCCGGUAGUACCUCGUACCUGCUAGGUGGCGAUCGGGCUCUUUCUUGCGGUCCAACUUAUGAUAAUGUACUUUCUUGUUAUGAUUUUCCUGCUGUCAAGAACAUCAUCGCAAAAAACACAAUAAAAACUGGUGAAAGUUUAAGCUUAUUCCGUACGGUUUCACGACCGCCGAACAGUGGUUGCAGUAGUUUCAACACUCAUGUGCAGUCAAGGUAGUAGUUUUAGUGCAGAAUUCACGACCAGUUGAACUUGUUAGGUAGAGAGAGAAACCCACAACAACGCGGAGAAGAACUCAUCCAUAAUGCUUUUUAUUUCCAGUCACAUACGAUGUAGAUUUGAGUUUUAAACAAAUUUCUCAUGCUUCUGUUUGCCGAACUGCGCCAACUGUACCUAUUUCUGCCUUAAGUUUUACUGCACGACCGAUGACAUCACGACUUCUACUUCUUCUGCCCGUAUUUUUUACCAACUGCUUCCAGCACCUGAAAUUCUUGUUUAUCUGAAAUGAUCAUGAUACAACGCGAAGAACCGUUUCAGAAUCUGACGCUCGAGAAUACAGCAGUAGCACGCACAAUAGGAAUAGCUGCGAAGUAUGAUACAGAUGCAACCCCCACUUGCGGAUCAACGUCUUGUGACGUUAUUUUUGAAUGCACUCAUAGAAAGAGAAAAUACCCUCCAGGAGGACCAGGACGAAAUAUCAAUGCGCGGCUUUUACCCAUACCAUUUCUCUCUGCUUCUUCCAGCUGACAGGACCUGGCAGAAAGUAUCGGCGCUGAAGCAGUUUUGCUUCU